AUGACAUCCGCUCCGACGCCAGAGAUGACGCCCGCCGAGGCCGAGUCGGUCUACUUCAACAACUACCCCCCGCCCAAAGCCCUCCCGAAGCAUGAAGCCCUCGCUCGAGCUUUUGUCGAUUACCACGUCCAAGCAAACCGACGCCUUGUCCUGGUGACAUCGGGGGGCACCACAGUUCCUCUUGAGAACCAGACUGUCCGCUUCAUUGACAACUUCAGCGCGGGCACGCGAGGUGCUGUGUCGGCAGAAUACUUUCUUCAGGAGGGAUAUGCGGUGAUCUUCCUACAUCGGCAGUUCAGUCUGCUGCCAUACUCGCGGCAUUACAGCCACUCGACCAAUUGCUUUCUGGAUUUCAUGGAUGAGGAGGAACCGGACCAAAUGCGCGAUGUGUUGCGAAAGUAUCGUUAUGCGAAGCGCAACAACCUCCUGUUGCUACUCCCGUUCACCACGAUCUCGGAGUAUCUGUUUGAACUACGGUCGCUGGCUCAGCUAAUGAAGCCAUUGGGCCCCAAUGCGCUGUUCUACCUGGCCGCUGCCGUCAGCGAUUUCUUUAUUCCCAGCGACCGCAUGUCGGAGCACAAGAUCCAGUCGUCAGAGCUGCCGGACAAUUUAACCAAGGACCAGGCAGUUGGCUCGUCCGACAUUUACACGGGCGGAAUCGAGCCGCAACCCCCGUCGCGUAGUAAGAAAUUGAUCAUUGAUCUGGACCCGGUGCCAAAGUUCUUACAUCGCUUGGUCAAUGGGUGGGCGCCGGAUGGCAGUAUGAUUGUGUCGUUCAAACUUGAAACGGACCCCAACCUACUCGUAUACAAGGCGCAGACGGCACUGCAGCGGUAUGCGCACCAUCUAGUGAUUGGAAACUUGUUGACAACGCGCAAAUGGGAGGUGGUGUUUGUCACCCCGGACCCCCCGCACGAGCGCUGGAUCCGGGUGCCGAAGUCGCGGCGCAGCAAGAGCAUUUCUGGCAGCGAGGCGCAGGUUGGUUUGGCCGAGGCCAAGCGGGCGGGCGAGUCCGCAAAGGCAGAAACCGGUGGGGGCGGGCAGAGUCAGAGACCGUUGGAAGACGAGGCCAUCUCGGCUGAGGGAGUGGAGAUCGAAAGUUUGAUCAUCCCUGAGUUGGUCAAGUUGCAUUCGAACAAGAUUGCUAAACACAACGCUCAGUCCUAG